GAAAGAACAGGAGGACAAAAAAAAAAAAAAAGAUUCCCAGUUCGACCGACCGACCUACCGCAUCCAUCCGUCCUCUCUCCCCGGCGCACACUCGCUCCUCUUCGGCCUGGGUGCCGCUGAAGCCCCCUUUCGGAUCUCUACCUGGACCUUUUGUCUCCGCGGCGCUCCGCGCUUCUCCCCGCCGGUUAGAGGAGUGCGAGGCAGCGGGGCUGGGGGAUGGAGGCUCAGUCCGGGCUGUGAGCAGACUGGUUUUAGGAGGUGGCGGAGGUGUGGGGGUCGCUGUGUGUGUGUGUGUGAAGCCCCGGGCCCUGCUUGGCUUUGUUAUCCUGGGCUUCGCUCGGCAGCCCUCCUCCCGGCUUUCUCGUCGUGUUUUGCAGCCGUUUCUGCUCCGGUUCAGCAUGCAGCCUUCCUCCUGAGGGACCCAGAAGGAGUUUUCAGGAGGGCAGCACAUGGAGCACGUUAGGAUUUAGGGCUGGUUCUGGCUGCAGGAUUUGAUUAUCCUCCUGUUUUUGUACUGAGGAUUUUUUUUUGAAGGACGAAUCCAGAAAAACAGAUUUGUUUUUCUCCCUCUUUACCUUUUUAUCUCCUUCCUACCCAUUGUACACCUCCAUCUGCCUUUAGGCCUCUUUUCCUCUCUAUCUCCCCCCUUCACCUCCAUUUAUCUCUUUAUCUCAUCCCUUUGAGUCUCUGCCUCUCUUCUGUCUUCAUCCCUCCAUCUGUCCCAGUACACUCCUCCUCCUCCUCCUCCUCCUCCUCCCCACCACCGUCCUCCAUUAUGGCUCCAGUGUGCCGGGUCUCCUGGUCCUGCUGCCUGCUGGUUCUGCUGGUUCUCCCCACCGUCCGGAGCUCGUUCCCCCGCAGCGGAGGCACCAGCGGAGCGGACUGUGGCCCCGGGAAGGCCGCCGACUGCACAGAUGUGUCGGUGAAGAAGAGCGACCUGCGUGUUUGUGACGCCGGAACGUGUCGCUUUGGAGGAGUCUGCCGUGAGAACGGCGCCGACAUCAAGUGUGUCUGCCAGUUCCACUGUAAUAAGAAGUACAUCCCUGUGUGCGGCUCCAACGGAGACACGUACCAGAACGAGUGCUUCCUGAGGAGAGCCGCCUGCAAGAAGCAGAGAGCCAUCACCAUCCUGGCAAAUGGAGCCUGUUACCACGACACUGGUUCAGGAUCAGGAGAUGGAGAUGACGAGGGCUCUGGUCGCGGCAAAAAGGCCUCAAAAUGUGGAAACUGCAAGUUUGGAGCCGAAUGUGACGAAGACUCUGAGGACAUGCUCUGCAUGUGUAACAUCGUGUGUAACGGCCACAACGACAACCCUGUGUGCGGCAGCGACGGCAUCACCUACGACACGCCCUGCCACGUCCGAGAGGCGUCCUGCCUCAAACAGCUGAAGAUCGACAUCAAGCACGUGGGACGUUGCCAAGAUAAAAGCAGGAAGGAAGACAGCAUCAAGACCAAACCGGACAUCUAUGCUGUGCCCAAGCCUGGUGAGGGGGAGGGCUUUGUGGACAGCCCCGCCCCCUGUCCUGAUGACUACGCCCAGUUCUGUGAACACGGCCAGUGCGAGAUGAGACACAACCUGCCCACCUGCAGUUGUGAGGCGGCGUACGGCGGCCCCCAGUGUGAUCAGCUCCUGGACUUUAACAUCCUGUACGUGGUGCCCAGCGGGCAGAAGCUGCACUACGUCCUCAUCGCCGCCAUCAUCGGAGCCGUUCAGAUCGCCGUCAUCGUGGCUGUGGUCAUGUGCUUCACCAGGAGGUGCAACAAGAGGAAGCGAAGACCGAAGCAGCCCCUCGGCCACUUCCCGUCAGGAACGUCCUCCAGGAUGAUGUAGCUGCUCUUUUUUUCCUCCUCUCACGUUUUUAUUAAAAAACAAGAAGUCUAACUUUUUCGUACCACACAGACUGACUGCAUUUUUGAUAGCUCGACAUUUUGGUGCCUCUUUUUUUCUCCCCUUUUUUAAAAAUAAUUUUUGAAUUUCUUAAGGGGCCUUAUUUUUAAGAUUAUCCUCCAUGUUUGAUUUCUUUUUCCCUUCCUGUCUGGACAGUUGUGUCUCUUCGCUGUCUGCAGAUGAUUUUGAGUUUUCCAUCAGGCAGAGCGGAGACGUACAGUUUGUGGCGACGCUGCCGUCCUCUCAGACUCUGAAACACUGUGGAUCCUCCGGCAGGAAACAUUAGUUAUCUGAUUGUAUCUUCACUUCGGACCGUCCUCAUUCAAACUGGAAAACACAGAUUGUCUGUCCGUGUUGGAACCCUGUGGGACGCAGACUGAUGCUGUUUCUGUGCUUAGAUUUAUUUUGAAGGAGACUCUAGUUUAUGGAUCAUGAAGUAAUACCUAUUGAAUACCCAUUUCUGAAACGUAACCACUACUGAAUGCUUAAUGUUAACGUUUAAACACCACUGAACUUAUAGCACAGAGAUGUUUGACUCUGAAUGUUUGCUCUUUGAAUUGUCCUCAGCUAGCAGUGGUAUUAGGUAUUUUUUAAAUUUGAUCAAAUUUGAGUCCAGUCUGCUGAAACUGGAUGCAAAAAUUCAGGACUUGGAACAUCUACAGAGGAUAAAUCAAAUCUUCUGUGGCUCACAUGAUCUAAGCUGCCUCGUACAAAAGGAAUUUGUCUUCUUAUUAAACCGGAAAAAAGCUUUUAGCCAAAAAUACAGCUUCUGGAAAUGAGAGAGACGGGAACUCAAAGCACAUCAAUUCACAUAAUAGAGUCAAAUAUGUUGAUUAUUAAUUCAGUGGUAUUUAAAUUUCAGUGAUUCAGUAUCACAGUUAUGUGUUCAGUUGCUUAUGAGAUUAAAAUUGUUACUUUUGCUUCCAUAGUUGGGGAUCGCCUUCAAAAUGCAACAAAACUUCAGAUUUCUUUGAUUUUCUUAUACGUUGUUUCUUCUGUUGUGUUGAACCUGUUUGUGUUAUAAAAGCCUUAAUACUCCAGGGGGCGCUCUGUACCAGGACUACAGGAUUAUGAGGGACCACUGAAGCCUGUCUUGGGUAUUGUUGCUGAAGUGGGCUCACACCUGAUGCUUUGUUUUCUGCUUUGCUGCGUCUCACAGGGCCUAAAGUAUGAUUUCAUGUAACUCAGAUAAACUUUACUUUGUUUUUUUUGUAUUUGUUAUGAUGAGACGCACCUGAAAACCAAAAUGCUGUUUUUUCUACUGCUUAAAAAGUGAUACGGUACAAGCUGACAUGUACAGGUUGUUGUUCGAAUUAUUAUUUUAUUGCUUAAUUUUCAGAUGACGCCAUUCAGGAAAUGGAUUCCAAUGUUGUUUUUUGUGUGUUUUGACAAGGUGAUGAUAAUUUAAAUGACUUUGUUUGGUCGAGUUUCUUCUUUUUUAUAUAUAAUUUGUAACGAUGGUACGAAGUGUCAGUGUUGGUCAUUUUAAUGUGGUAGAAGGAGUAGACUCAAUAAGCUGGGAGGUUCCCUGAAGCAUCGCUGCACUGAGAUCAGAUUUAUUUGACGCUUUGAUGCAGUGGUGAAGCUGCGGUCUCGGUCACGUGAUGCCUGUGGGGAAUCCAGCCUGAUUUUAGAUGUUGCGUACUGCAUGAACCAGUGAAGAUGUCAUUUAGAGUGUGCUGUAGUUGAACUAGAAUUAAAUUAUGAUGUUCGAAAA